AUGGCGACCAAGCUCCUGGUGGAGACAGUGUCACCAACUCCAUUCUCGAAAUCCAUGGCCGUUGUAGACGUGCAAGAGAUACCGACUCUUCAAAAGCCGUCGUUACUGGUUGUCUUCGGUAAAGAGUCGGAAGCCCUUGUGGGAGUAAUAGCAGACGUCCUAGGCCAGAAGGCGGAAAUUUCUGGGUCAGUGUCAGAAGUCAAAGCAGGAUUGAAAGAUACCAUUCACGGCAUUUCAAGAAAGAGCUUUCUCGCUGAAGCUGCAGAAUGGGAUAGUUCCAGAUUACUGCUCAAUACGCACUGCGUGGAUGGAGAAGGAGAGACGUUGGAUGAGGCUUUUAGCUCUCAAUGUGACUAUGAGUACCUGUACACGAAAACGACUUUCUACAGGCGGGAUCUGGCCCGCUUCCUAUCCUUUAUUCUCGGUCAAAUCAAUCCACAUGACAGUCUUGCGAAGAAACUUCGAACAACCCUACUGUCUACAACAUUUCCGGACAUUCACGCGGCGCUACCGAACCUCGAUAUCCUCUCGGUUGGUGCAGAUGCAGUGGAGCUGAGAGUUGACUUGCUAAAAGAACCGCUUCCUGAUGGCAGCUACAGUCCGAUACCGAGCCUCAAAUAUGUCGGCGAGCAAUUGAUGACCUUGCGUCAGCGGACAGAGCUACCCAUAAUCUACACAACACGAUGCACAAACGAGAACGGGAGAUUUCCUAUGGACGACCCGGUUCUCUUCUACACAUAUCUGCGGAAGGCGAUUCAAUGGGGAUGCGAAUACAUCGAUGUUGAGCUGUGGCUUCCUGAAGACAUCAGACGCAAAUUAUCAGAGACCAAGGGCAGCAGUCGCAUAAUUUCUGCUUUUCACGACUUCUCUGGAAAAUUCAAAUGGACCACCACUGAAGCCGAAGAUCUAUUCAGGAAAGGAGCAGUAUAUGGCGAUGUGGUAAAGAUGAUUGCAUUGGUCACGAGUACUCAAGAGAACUAUGAACUCGAGUAUUUUAGGUCCCUCAUUGAGUCAAAAUACUCUCAUCCUCCGUUGUCUGGUCUCAACAUGGGACCUCAGGGUCAACUGUCUCGAGCUUUGAACAAAGUGUUCACUCCUAUCACACAUCCCCUGCUUCCAAUGAUCGCUGCACCUGGUCAACUCAGUGCAGCCGAGAUAAACGUCGCGCGGUUUAAUAUGGGACAGUUCGCAAAGAAGGAUAUAUACGGUAUUGGCUCGUACCGUUCUAUGACUCAAGCAAUGUUCUUCGAAAAGUGCUUCAAUGAGCUCAGCUUACCUCAUCAGUUCAUAUUCCUGGAGAAGAGUCCUAAGGGACCCAUAGACGCGAUUCUCAAACGGCCCAACUUUGGUGGGGCCUACAUCAAUCCGCCAGUUGCCAUAUCAUCCCCUUCUUUGCCUACCAUGUCAGAUGCUGCUUUUGCGAUUGGACAGGUAGAUACAGUGCUUGUUCAUCAAAACGGCGAAAUCUCACACGAGGGCGACAAUGCACGUUGGAAAGGGAUACGCUCCACUUUGACGCGUGACUUUGUGCCAACGGCGUACAGCCAACGAGCAGCGCUCAUAUUGGCGAGCGCGGAGUCAGAUGCUGCACCUGCCAUCUUUGCUUUGAAGAGCCUUGGCAUCGGACCCAUUUUCACUAUUGGGUUUAAGAUGCACGGAACACUGAAAGGGGAUGUGGAACAAGUUCGAUCGGUUGAAGACAUGAAACGUCUUGACCAACCAUUCGUCAUCAUAUCCGCACUUCCGGCUGAGAAAUCCAUGUCUGUGGCUCCGCUGCUGAAACACUACAGUGGGGACGGAACUGGGCUUGGCAAAUCCGCCGGCAAAGUGUUCGUGGAUCUCUCCACAGGACCAAGAAAAAACGAUCCCUUGACAGUGGCAGCAUCUACCGGAUGGACCGUGUACAGCAUUGCGGAUGUGAGUGCUUGGACAACAGUGGAGACUUUGCGGCUCCUAGUGGGACAGAACGUUCCUUAUGACUUUGUACGACUUGCAUCUGGUCAAGGCUUGUUUUGA